AUGCAUGGCGCAUCCCUUAGGGAUUUAUCAGCGCCGAGAGCUUUAUCCUUUAUUAUUUUAAGUGUUCUACGUGCAAUAAAUGGUGGCACUCCUGAAAAUGCGCUAGUAGACGCUGAGAGUAUUUUAAACGACGAAUUAGCGUCGUGGCAUGAUUUCAUUCUCGUGGCUGAAUUGAAUAUGGCCUUGUCGAAAGACGCAACGUCGUUGUUGGUAAAAUCAGCGAAGAUGAAUCCGCGUUCAAGUCGUGUGUUCUUUCUACUUGGAAAGACGCUCUGUCGCAAAAACCCGCUAAAGGCGAGAUCUUGCCUUGAAAGAGCUGUUAAAAUUCGUCCUACAAACGAAGAGUACGUUAGGGCACUUGAUGACGUUUACUGCGAAGCAGAAGAAUCGGUAGAACAACGCCUAUCCUUGCUCAAUGGACUUUGCGCACCCCGGAGACCGUUGUGGGUCAGGAAAAGAGUGGUUGAAUUAUGCAAGGCUAAGCAAGAUUGGGAUGCAGUUAUUUCUGAACUUCAACACGUUGUUCGAGAAGUGACAGAUGACAUCGUUAGUUGGGCUGGUUUAGCAGAAGCAUAUUCAAGUCGUGGUAAUUUGCAGUCAUCUGUCAACGCAUAUGAACGUGUGUUGGAAAUAGACCCUGAAAGCGACUAUGCAAUUUGCCUUAUACAAGUGUUGAUGCGCAUGCACAAUCUCGACGCGGCGGCUGAGCGAUGUGCUCGAUGGCGUUCAUGUCAUGGACAGGGUUCUGCUUUGAAAAAUGCUGUUGAUUUAUUGGAUGCACAAGUACAGCUUCGUUUGUUUGACAAUACUCUGAGUGGUGAACGUUACAAAUAUCUGAAAACUGCAUUUAAUUUACUAGACAGUGUGAUCUCUGAAAAACCAAGAAUCUCAUUAGCGUACAAGUUAGCUGCGGACGCCCUUUUUCGCGCCUUGAAAUUCCAGGAUGAGCUGAUGAUGAACCUUGGGAUCCCAGCCAGUUGGUCAGUAUCUUGUCGGCUGUCUGCUAUUCGCUCAAGCAUAAUAUUCUACUCGGUGGUACUACACUUAAAUCAGGAAAAUCCCUGGGCAUGGAACGAUUUGGCUGUUGCUCUGCUUUAUUCAGCUCAUCUCAACAAUUCAUCUGAAGAUGCUGUCAAGGCACUUGAGUGCUUGCGGAAGGCGCUUAGCUUAUGCAAGUGUUUUCAAAUGCGAUCACAGUUCUGGACGCUUAUUGCCGAAGCUAGAAGAUUAUCGGCAGUUGAAGGAGGACGGAAUGACGCCCCAUUGUCGGCAGCGUUGCAACAGCAUUACCUAGUUCGUGCGCUUCAGCUGAAUAAAGCCAACGAUGAAGCUUGGUUACGACUGGCUUUGCUUUACUACACUAAUGGAGCGAUGGACCAAAGUCAUAUGGCAAUUGAGACCGCGCUCAAGCAUAAUCCACAACUAGCUGAAGCUUGGUGUGCUUGGGCACUGAAAGCGGACUCAGAGGGAGUAAUCCAUGAGGCAAUGGACAUGUUUAGACACUCCAUCUCAAUAAAACCUAUCGCUUCUGCAGUCAUGAAGUACACCGCCUAUCUGUGUCAAACAAUGGGAAGCAACAAAUUUGACCCUGCUACUGUGAUGAUUGAUUUCAACAAAGUACUUCUUCUUCGUGAUGGAAUUGAAUCAGGGGACAAAAACCUGUUAUUGCAUAUGGGUGUUUUGGCAGAGUUAUUUGGUCAUUAUGAUGAUGCUGUCGUUUGUGUGUUAAAAAGUGGCCGCGAUGGACAUCAUUUGCAAAGAGCACAAUUGUAA